UCCCGGGUUUCGCGGGGCAUUUGAGGGCCUGAAAAUUCAGUGGACUUAAGUGGAGCAAUUGAACAUAAAGCCUUGUCGGAAACUGCUAUUCAGCUUGGGCAUAGGUACCUAAGGAGGUACUUUACCACCUUACCUAACAUUAGAGGUACAAUACAAUACCUAAAGCUGGCGCCAUCCCGCUUCACCAAACGGCAUUAGCUAUUACAACAUUCAAUCUUUCAUAUCCCGAUUGCCACAACCCGACCUGCGAAACUACCUUACUUCACUUGCUUUUGCACGCAAUCCCCGUUCAAAAUGCCACAAGAUCCAAAUCUCUACGGGCAACGGCCCGCCAAGCGGCAAAAGAAGGAGAUGCCACUUUCGAGCUCUCUGGACUUUGCUUCUCAACUGACAUCCCUCCUCUCAACGUCCGCCUCCGACCCAUCAUCAGCGUCAUCCUCCGCAGUAGCGUUCGGCCGCGCCCGCCCUUCUAAAAACAAAGACGACAUCUUCUCCGUCAAGGCAAAACGGAAAACGGGCACCUCCACCUCCACUGCAGAAAAAGACGGUAAAGAUGGCGCGAGAAUCCAGCUCAAAGAGGUCCGCGGCACCGAAGACGAGAAACAAGACCUUGCGCGUGCGCGCCGCAAGAUGGAAGAGAAAGCGCGGCUGUAUGCCGCCAUGAAGCGUGGGGAUUACAUCGCGAAGGAAGGCGAGGCCGCGCCCCUCGUCGACUUCGAUCGCAAGUGGGCGGAGCGGCAUCCCGAGGACGCUGACAAUAACAACAACGACAACACGUACUCGAGCUCCGGGACAGACGACUCGGAUGCUGACGAUGCCGACCAAGAGAUGGUCGAGUUCAAAGACGAAUUCGGCCGCACCCGCCGCGCCACCCGCGCCGAAGCAGCACGCUACGAGCGGCGGCAGCACCGCAGCGCGCUGGGCGCCGCAGAGCUAGAAAGCAUGGCGGCGAAACCCACCAAGGCGCCCGAGCGCCUGAUCUUCGGAGACGUGAUCCAGUCGGGCGCGUUCAACCCCGAGGACGACACGCGGGACAAGAUGCAGCAUCUAGCCGCGAAGCGGGACAAGUCGCCAACCCCGCCCCCCGACACGCAUUUCGACGGGCGCGCCGAGAUCCGCACAAAAGGCGUGGGUUUCUACCAGUUCAGCCGCGACGCGGAGGCGCGCGGGGCCGAGAUGGACGCGCUGGAGCGCGAGCGGGAGAAUACCGCGCGCGUGCGGCACGAGAGGGAGGAGCACAAGGACAGGCGGAGGAGGGAGAUCGAGGAGCGCAGGAGGAAGAUUGGGGCGAGGCGCGCGGAGAAGAUGGCGGAGAGCUUUUUGGAUGGGCUGGCGGGGGAGAUGGGGACGUCUGGUGCUGGUGGCAAGGGGAAGGACUCUGAGGAGGAGACGCAGAAGAGCACCGGUUCGUGAUUGUUGGUUGGCAUCGAUGCUGGCGCGAAGGGUUGCUUUCUUCCACUAGUUACUAUUACGAGAAUACACCUUUUCUUUCGUGGCUAUAGGUGGCUAACGCAAUAGCCACAAGAAAGGUAGGUAUAUGUUGUGGGAGAGUGAAGAGUGGUUUAAGAUUAGGAAUUUGAAUGAAUAUAUGAUACCCCCUUUUUACCAUACCUACCUAGGUUAGGUACCUAGGUCAGGUCCCUAAGGCGGCGUUGACAAAUGGGCGGAAACGUAUAGGAACACCAAUAGUUAGAAUUCUUAUAAUAACUGGAGGGGGAAUAUGAGUAUGAUGCUAUUCAAAUAUAAAUUUAAUACCUUUA